AUGGGCCCUGCCGUCACCUUGACAUCCACAUUCACUACAGCAACCAUCUUUGACAUUCAUCUCCUGCAGGGCCAAAUCUGUUCUGAACUCACUCCUCGCGAUCUCCGCCGCUGCUGCUUGGUCUCCCGCGACUUUUACCAUUACUUCGUUCCGUACCUCUAUCGCGACAUCACCAUCGCCCGCAAGGCCACCUACAAUAAGUUCUAUCGGCCCGAGGCCCUUGUAGCUCUCGAGCGGAACCGCGACCAUGUCCUCUCUGUCAAUUGCGUUUUUGCUAAGCUCUGGAAAAUCCUGCUGGAUCACCGCUGCUUCAACCUGAGGGUCCUCAAGAGCCCCUCACUUCCGUACCGUCUCCAGAACCGGGAAGAAAACAAAUUGGAGCUCCAUAACAUUAUAGCCCUAAUGCGGUCCUGUCCCCUUCUGCGGGUUGUAGAGCUGGGUCAUUUCUUUUACAUGAAGGGAGAUAUUGAAGCGUUCUGCAGCGUAAUGCGGAACCAUGAUCAGCUGCGGGAGGUCAAGAUCGAUCAUCACGAGUAUGUGUCCUGCCAAAAAGUCCGGCGGUUUUUAUGGAGCUCGACCAAAUUGCAUCGGUUGAGUCUCAACAUCGUCAUGACGUAUAACUCUCAGCAGUUCACUUCCGAGGGCAUGCAGAGUCUUAUUGCGCUGUCGGGACAAGAGGAUCCGGUUUUUGCGAUGAAGGAAUUGGAUCUUCGGGGAAGGAUGCAUGACCACGAAAUCGAUGUAUGCUUUCUGUUCCUCCGACGGUGUCCCAAUCUCGAGCGCCUGACAUCGCCGUCGAUGUAUACCUCUAAGAUGAUACAUGAGCUGGCCUCGAUCAUCUCUUCCACUAUGCCCUAUCUCCAACAUCUGGAUAUGCGUCAUCUGUGCGUACCUGCGGAUACGAUGGCCUUGCUGCUCUCGGCCUGUCAGAACCUGCGCUCGUACAAAAACAACAGAUGUCAGGAACUCACCCCGGCGCUGUUCGCAGCAUUGUGGAACCAUCAAGAUACCCUCAAGGAGUUGAACAUUGCGAGAGACGACAAUGAAGACGAUACGGACGAGGACGAUGAUGUUAAUUAUGCCGAGAAGACAUGGACCAUGAAAGAAGUGCUUCCUAGGGUGCUCUAUGAACAAGUCGCCAAGUUGACCGCGUUGGAGAAACUCGGUCCAGGCAGGGUCCGGAGAUUGAUCAGUGCGAACCCUGUAGUCGUCGCUGACAUGCUCUCGUCCGGAAACGACAUGGAUGUGGAGGCCUGA